AUGCCAGGUCUCGAGAAUCCAGUUCUGGCUUCCCAGACUGGCCAAGGCCGUCUGCUGGCCAUUAAGGAGAAGAAGAGAUUGCCCGAUGUUCGUGUGAAAAUAGGGGAAAAGGCGUCAUUUGACAUUAUUGAUAUUCGUCAGGGCUCAGUAGAAAUGAACCUGAAGGUGGAGAUCCUCUCCAUGUUCCUGACCAAAAAUGGGCCCAGGAAGCUUCCCACGCUUCUUCUCUAUGACGAGAGAGGUCUCCAGCUGUUCGAGAAGAUAACCUAUCUAGAGGAGUACUAUCUCACCAAUGACGAGAUUGAGGUGCUCCAGAAGUACUCGGCAGACAUUGCAAAACUCAUCCCUGAGGGAGCAAUGCUCAUUGAGCUGGGCAGCGGAAACCUUCGCAAAGUGAAUCUUCUUUUGCGGGCUUUUGAAGAUGCUGGCAAGAGCAUCGACUACUACGCUCUUGACCUCUCAAAACAGGAGCUCGAACGGACUCUGGCCCAGCUCCCUCAUUACCAGUAUGUCCGCGCUCACGGCUUACUCGGCACGUAUGACGAUGGACGGGCUUGGUUGAAGCACCCCUCCAGAGCCUCAAGGCAGAAGUGCAUUCUCAGCCUUGGCUCGAGCGUGGGGAAUUUUGACAGAGCCGACGCAGCCGCCUUCCUGAAGACCUUUGCAGACAUAUUGGGUCCUGGUGACACCAUGCUCAUUGGCUUGGAUGCGUGUAACGACCCUGCUAGAGUCUACCACGCUUAUAAUGACAAAGAAGGAGUGACGCACGAAUUGGCGUCCCAAGCUGGGUCCGGGGACAGCGCUGAUGAGAGCAUCCAUAGAUUUAUCCUCAACGGCCUCCGUCAUGCCAACAAGAUCCUCGGGGAAACCGUCUUCGUCGAGGCCGAAUGGAGGGUCAUUGGCGAAUACGUGUACGACGGACAGGGCGGUCGCCAUCAGGCGUUUUAUGCCCCUCUGCAUGACACGACGGUCCUGGGCCAGCUGAUUCGGCCACACGACCGCAUCCAAGUGGAGCAGAGUCUCAAGUACUCCCCGGCAGAGGCCGAAUUGCUUUGGAAGCGGGCGGGUAUGGAAGAGAUUGGCCAUUGGAGAUGCCGCGAUGAAUAUGGCGUCCAUAUGCUAUCGAAGCCCAAAAUGGCAUUCGGUCUCAUCCCUUCUGUCUACGCCCGCUCCGCGCUGCCUAGCCUUGAGGAGUGGGAAUCCCUCUGGGCGGCAUGGGACACCCUUACUCAAGAGAUGCUCCCUCCUGAGGAGCUUCUCAGCAAGCCAAUCAAGCUCCGCAACGCUUGCAUCUUUUACCUGGGCCACAUUCCCAACUUCCUCGAUGUCCAGCUUAGCAAGGUCACCACCGAUCCCCUGACAGACCCGGCAUGGUACCGCCGUAUCUUUGAACGGGGCAUCGACCCCGAUGUCGACAACCCGGAGAUCUGCCAUGAUCACUCGGAAAUCCCUGAUGAAUGGCCGCCCGCUGACGAGAUCCUGGAGUAUCAGACUCGCGUACGUGCCAGGCUGCGGAAAUAUUACGAAAAUGGCGUCGAGAAUAUCCCCCGCCACAUUGGCCGGGCAAUCUGGGUUGGUUUUGAACACGAGAUAAUGCAUCUCGAGACUCUGCUAUACAUGAUGCUUCAGAGCGAUAAGACUCGGCCACCGCCGAACGUUCCUGUCCCGGAUUGGGAGAAGCUUGCUGCUAAGGCUCGCUCUGAGAGGGUGCCCAACGAGUGGUUUGAUAUACCUGAGCAGGAGAUCACCAUUGGCUUGGAUGACCCUGAGGAUGAAACUGAUCCAAAUGUUCACUAUGGCUGGGAUAAUGAGAAGCCCGUUCGGCGCGCGAAGGUUCAUGCCUUCCAAGCCAAAGGGCGUCCCAUCACUAACGAGGAGUACGCAACAUACCUCUACAACACCCACGGAUCACAAAUCCCUGCAUCCUGGGCCUACACCAAGGAGAAAGAUCCCCAAAACGGUGUGAGUGGCACCAACGGUCACUCCACUAUCGCCAACGGCACAGCCCCCCUGCCUGAAUCCUUCCUCGAGGACAAGGCCGUCAAAACGGUCUUCGGCCUCGUUCCCCUGAAGUACGCGCUCGACUGGCCCGUCUUCGCCUCGUACAACGAGCUCGCAGCCUGCGCGGCCUGGAUGGGCGGGCGCAUCCCCACGUUCGAGGAAGUCCGCAGCAUCUAUGCGCAUGUCGAGGCUCGUAAGAAGCAAAAGGAGGCUCAGAAGCAUCUCGCACAGACAGUUCCUGCGGUCAAUGCCCAUUUGUGCAACAACGGCGUCGAGAUUUCACCGCCUGCUACCCCACCCGCCGGGACCGCCGCUGCUACUGCUGAGGGAGAUGAGAGUGAGAACUCGCUCUUCAUCGACCUGGAUGGCGCCAACGUUGGCUUCCAGCACUGGCACCCCGUUCCAGUCACGAACCGCGGCGGGGAGCUGGCGGGGCAGGCCGAGUGUGGUGGCGUGUGGGAGUGGACCAGCAGCGUGCUGCGGCCGUGGGACGGGUUCAAGCCCAUGACUCUGUACCCGGGUUAUACAGCAGACUUUUUCGAUGAAAAACAUAAUAUCGUGCUGGGCGGGUCGUGGGCGACGCAUCCCAGGAUUGCAGGGAGGAAGAGCUUUGUCAACUGGUACCAGAGGAACUACCCCUAUGCUUGGGUUGGUGCCAGGCUUGUGAGGGACCUCCCUUGA